AUGCUCUCCACGGAGUCAGCGUUCGAUUCCGAGACGUAUGCUUCGGUAGACGUCUCAACCUUGCCAACAACGCCUGAUCGAAGUGCAUCAUGCAGUCCAAUACUGGAAGAUAGCACAGAUGAGCACGAUGGCGCCUCCAAUGGAACGAGGAGCACGUCAGAAGCUGACAGCGACAUGGAGAACAAGAUCCAUCCCAAGACCAUCCGCAGUAUCUGCUGUGUAGGAGCAGGAUAUGUAGGUGGUCCAACGGCUGCUGUCCUUGCACUCAAGAAUCCAUCUAUCCAGGUGACAGUCGUUGAUCGCGAUGACCGUCGCAUCCGAAGAUGGAAUUCCCGGCAUCUUCCAAUCUACGAACCGGGUCUUGCUGAAGUCGUGCGAAUCGCACGAGACGGAAUGGGGGCACAAGACUCGGACGCGACAGAGAGUCUUCGGAAGCCCAAUCUCUUCUUCUCGGCCGAAGUUUCUCGGUGCAUCAGUGAGGCAGAUGCUGUUUUGAUCGCUGUCAAUACACCGACAAAGAUGCGCGGUACUGGAAAAGGUUGUGCCACCGAUAUGACAAGCUUCGAAGCCGUUGCCGCCGAGGUCGUGCGUCAUGCAAGGGAUGGUACGAUCAUCGUCGAGAAAAGCACAGUUCCCUGCAGAACGGCGCAGAUGAUCCAAGAGAUGAUCCGUAUUCAAAGGCCAGGUGCCCAUUUUGAAAUCCUUUCGAAUCCAGAGUUUUUGGCUGCGGGAACUGCUGUGCAAGAUCUUCUUCGUCCAGACCGUAUUAUUAUUGGAUCUGCAACUACACCUGGAGGGCUCUCGGCAGCGGAGGCGCUUGCAAAAGUUUAUGCGUCUUGGAUUGACCGGUCAAGGAUCAUCACCACUAAUGUAUGGUCAUCAGAGCUGGCCAAGCUGGUCGCUAACUCGAUGCUUGCGCAGCGUCUGAGCAGUAUCAACAGUAUUUCUGCACUGUGCGAGGCGACAGGGGCUGAGAUCAACGAAGUCUCGGCCGCAAUUGGGCUUGACACUCGUCUCGGAUCCAAGUUCCUGCGGGCUGGUAUUGGCUUCGGUGGCUCAUGCUUCAAGAAGGAUGUUUUGAGUCUGGUAUACCUUGCCGAGUCCCUCGGUCUGCAGGAAGUUGGCGAGUACUGGCGCCAGGUUGUGGAGAUGAAUGAGUAUCAGCGCAACCGAUUUACGUCAAGAGUCAUCAAGCGCUUGAACAGUACCCUCGUCACAAAGAAAAUUUGUGUACUGGGUUAUGCUUUCAAGAAGAACACCUCGGACACUCGUGAAGCACCGGCCCUCGAGAUCAUAAAGACUCUGUUGGAUGAGAAUCCACGCGAAAUCGCCAUCUUUGAUCCCUGCUGUAAUCCCGUCGUGAUCGAGAACGAGAUUCGCUCGCUACAGGGUUACGGACCCCCUAUCCUCAGUGAUGACGGUGGAUCAGUCAAAGUCUACUCUGAUGCAUACGCCGCCACCGCCGGUUCAAAUGCCAUUUUACUUGUCACCGAGUUUGACGAGUUUAUGAAUUUCCCUGUCCCCUCGGGUGGGACCUCCUCCAGCAUUGACUCACACGGAAAGACAAAGCUCCCUGGUUCACAGCCCAACGAGUCAACUAAGCAGAAUUUCAACGAUGAACCGGAAUGUGCUGCUGACUGCCCUGACUGCCAAUCGGGCACUGGAUAUGCAGAUGAUAGUGCCGAAAAUACCGAUAAACUCCCGAAGAAACAACUGGAUUGGAAGAAAAUCUCUGCCGAAAUGCAGUCACCGAAAUGGCUCUUCGACGGACGGUGCGUUAUAGACGUGCCCAAGAUGGAAUCACUGGGAAUUCGGGUUGAGGCGAUUGGCUCUGCUGGAUGGAGUGUUUGA